AUGGCUUGGAAAAAGCUUUACACCUGCUCUAGCUCGUCUAGCCAGCAAACGAAGUCAACAAACAGUGCAAACGAAGCCUCCGAACCAGACCUUAGAGGUUACAUGGUGUUUCAAACAAGGGAGACAACCUCCAAUCAGUUAAAUUCCUCGGGGGAGGUGUUAAAAGAGAUCCUGACGUAUCCCACCCUUGAACCAAAAGGUCCUCCGAAGAGGAAGAAUCUAAAGAGAACCCUCCCCAACUUUGUCAGUGGCCCUGAGGCAAUGCAGCUACUACUUGAUGAAAAGCUCAAAAAAGCACGUCAGUUGGCAGAAAAACAAAAGAAGAUGAGAGAUAAGGAAGCGAAGAAGGAAGAAAAACGAAAGAGAAUUGAGGAAGAGAAAGUUCGGAAGCAGUUAGGAAGAGAAGAAAAAAAGAAAAAACAAAAAGCGAACAAAAAUACAAGCAAUGAGAGAACAAGGAAGACUGGGAAGGUAACAAAAAGAAGUCAAACUCCUAGAGCUAAAGGCAAGCAAUGGCGGCAGCAACAGUGCACGGAGAGUACCUCUUCUGCGGUAACCAAUGAAGAAGACGACAUUUGCAACAUUUGCUUGCAGGAAUAUUUUCUCAGUGACGUGGAAAACAAUCCAUGGGUCCAGUGCGGUUCCUGUAAAUCGUGGAUGCACAUCUGCUGGAUUCCUAUCGGGCUUGAUGUUGGCAAUAAACCAUUUGUUUGUCAUCAGUGCAUGUAAUAAGAAGAACAGUGGUUUAAGGAACGAACUGUAAAAAACAAUUUUGUAAGCCUUGUUAGGAAGAGUUCCCUUGACGUAUUCCUAAUUCUGUUACUUUCUUAACUAGUAGUGAGAUUCCCGAAGUCGUGAACGAGAUGCGAAAGAAAUGCAUUAGAAACGUAUUUUGCAAGCCUCCCCGGCGUUUUUAAAGGGUGGUUACAAAUAAUACUGAGUUAAAGGUUGGAGAUAUUUGUUGUCAGUAGCUGUUUAUAUUGUCAUGACAUAAGUUUAACACUUUAAAAUAAAAACAACCGAAAGUUUAAGUUAUUCUUGUUGUCUACUCCCUUACAGAAUGCACAUCAUUGUCAUCGAAAACGCUGUCAUCAAAGGAUAUCACGAAUUCCAGAUAAGGCCGCCUCCCGCGUUACUACUUCCGGUCACAAAAGAGUACGGAAACAGGCAUGAUCCUCAUGCGUGUUUGGUGUGGGUACCAGAAAUCUAG